UCAUCACUAAAUUUUGACCGGCGAACGAGCAAGACGUGCGCGCGGAUUGUUAUCGGUCUUGAUUUCGUCCACACCUUUUGAAAGUUGCGAAUGAGCGGGCAAACACGCGUACGUACCGGCAAUAAAAGAGUAGAGCCAUAAAAGCGUAAUUAUUACAAAAUCGUGUACGGCGUGUAAAUUGGUUGGUUGUUGGUUUUGUUGUCGGGUCGUGUCGGUUCAGUUCAGUUGAGUUUAGGCCACGUUAAUGCAUAAUGCGAUGUAAAGUGCAGAGCAUAAACCAGUUCACAGUGUUGCCUCAAACGCCGGUACCGGCUUGCUUUCAAUUAAACCAGUGCCAGUCAGCGGCAGCGUCGCCCCAAGCGACCAACUAGUUUGUGUGCGUGUGCAGCAAACACACAGAAAACGGCCAACAGCAAAGGAAUUUAUGCGGCGGCCGAGAGCCGAAAACAGACAACAAUAGGUAUAGGAGCAGACCACUGGAGAAGCUGCGGAGGAUUCAAGCCCAGAAGUUGUUUGACCAGUUUCCGUGCUAUCUGCCUGUGUGUGUGUGUUAGUGCGCCUCUCUUUUUGUUUUUUUGGCUGAAAGGCAGACGCAGGGCUAGUGUGUGUGUUUGUGGUAUGAAUCUAGUGUCCGAUCCGUACGUGACCAGUGCCCCAAGUCAAUGAGGAGAAGGAGCAGCAGCAGCUAGUGAAGCAGCAGCGCAGCCAAGAGAUGCCAUUCGUACAGCGCGUGGUGCAACCCGUGAAUGUGGCCCAGGCCACUGCCGCCAGCCUUGGGCAUGCCUCCACACGCUUCCACUGUGCGCCCGGCAAGUGCAAAAACAACAACUGCAUCAACAAGCAGUCGCCAGAGGCGGGAACGGAUGCCGUCGACUGCCGGGCCACCUCCCCCACCUCGCCCUCGCUCACCCGAGUGCUGGUGCACGUGAACGGAGAUGGUGAGGACGGCGCCGGCCAGCCCCACCCACCGGCAGCCCUGCCCAUGAAGAAGCUUAAGCAGCACGUGGAAUUCCUCUCAACGUCGCCGACGCACGGCCCUGGGCGUGCCUCCCAGUCGCUGCCCAAUUCGCGGCACCCCAGCCAGCAGCGUCCGGCAAUGGCGCGGAAUGCCAGCGCCCCCCAUUCGCCCACCGCCGGCUCCUCGAAGGUCGUCUCCGGCCACGAGUUUGACUCCAUCAGCAACAUCACCCUGAGCAAUGCCCUGCGGCAGCUGGCCAGCCUGGUGCUCAUCGCCAGCGACAUCUUCGACGACCUGCAGCGGGACCUGCAGUCGGUAGGCGAGCGGGCCGGACGAGUCCAGCGCAAGAUAGCAGCCGUGGAGCGGCGCGUGUGUGCCUACGAUCCGAAAAUGGUCACAGUUCCUGAAAGCGACCUGCUCACAUUUGCACAGCGCAAGGAGCACUACGAGACAGACAAGUCAUUCCAGCAGGAGCUCUUCACCGGCGACUCGCGGCCGCUUAGCGUUCGCCAGCUGUACACGGAGGCGGGCAAGGAUCGGCCCGUGGGCGCGGCCACGGCAGGUGCCCUCGCCGCUUUGGCGCAGUCGAAUGCCACGGCCACGGGCACCACAGCCUCACCGCCACGUUCCAUUUCCUUCAGUGGGGACGUAACGACGGGAGCCCACAACGGUCACGAGGUCCUUAUGAAUGGCACCGCGGAGGCGUCGUCCGAGGAUUACUUGAUCUGCGUGUCCGACUUUGGCAAUGCCAAUCGCAAGCUGCGCACGCGCAUCGAUGCCGAGAUCGAGAUACGUUUGCCUGCUGCCAUCGAGGAUCUGCGGAAGUGGACAUCAAGCGAAGCGCUGGGUGAUGUCACCGUCACGCCCGAUUGCAUGCACCAUGUGGACACCUCGAUAAGCACCUCCAUGGUCAUCGGCGACAGUGGCGUCCACACGCCCGCCCUCUCUCCGUCCGUGCUCUCCGCCGAUGCCGUCGAUUCACUGUACGCCCAGAACCUGAGCCAGGCGGCGGACAGCAGCUCCCAUCAUCAUCCAUCCCAUCAUCAUCAGGCAAUGCUGCCGAACGAUAUCAAUAAAGAUGUGCCUUUGAAUCAUCGAUUGCCUUCACCCGAGGAGCAGACCAAACAGAUUGCCUUAAAAUACCCCGCCGAAGUGAUUUCGGUAAACAUUUCUGGAAAGAAUUUCCAGCGGAUGUGUGCAGCCCGCAAGUCCACGACAGGAUGCUUUGCCGGUGGCACCACCCCAGCGGCCUCCUCGAGCAGUGCCAGUCCAGAGAACGGGCAGACGGAGGCGGGCAACAAUCUGGACGACAAUGUGCAGACGGUUAGCAGGAGAUCGCGAUCCCGCAAGGUGCGUGGCAAGCGGAGGAACACGAUAGCCGGCAUCGACCAGAAGGAGAUCCAGGAUGCAGCCAAUGGAAAUGGAGAGUCCUCGUCGAAGCAUGCCUCCUCAUCGAAUGCCACAUCGCCGGCACCGGCUGCGGCCAGUGCGGACACGCCGGAGGGCGUCAAGAAAUCGAAGAAGUUCGGACGCAGCAAGUCCAGCGACAUCUUAAAAAAGGAAUCUGUUGCCUUGCCCUACGACAAGGGGAAGAGCACCCUGACCCGACUCAACUCCCUGAAGCAGUGGGGCCGCAACCGGUUCAAGUUCAUGCACCGCGCGGGCGAGCUGAAUGGCCUUGGGGAGAGCAGCCAGCUGGACACCAGCGGUUGCAGCUCCCAGAACAGUUCCGCCGAGAAGCCGGACAGCAGCGGACACGGAUCACCGCCGGGCCUCGGCCUGGGCCUCGGACUGGGCUCCUCCAGCGUGGAGCGUGGUGGCAAGGCGAAGCCCAAGCGCGACAUUGACGAAGAGUGUGUGGUGCACGAUCUGAUUGCCCAGAAGAGUGAAUCUCGGUUUUCGCACGAACGAAAACCCUCGUAUUCCUCCUCGGAGAAGAGCAUGAGCGUCUCGAGCAGCGGCCAGCUGAGGGGCAAGCUGCAGCUCUCCUCCACACUGGCGGCGGCGGCCAACGUGAAGAUGCGCGAGACGGCCACGCUGAACAGACAGCGGCGGAACGGACUGCACGGCCUGGCCGGCAAGGAUGAGCAACCGCACUCCUCCAGCGGCAACUGGAGCGCCAGCUCAGAGUCCGGACGCGCCUCCAUCGGCAGCGAGAUCACCAUGCAGCCAAAGUCGAGCGCCUCCAACACCUCGCUGAAUGUGUCCAGCUUCCAGCCGUGCAACAGCAGCGGACCGCCCUCCUCCAUGAUGAGUCGGCGGCGAUUCCUGAACACCUCCGCCUCGAGCAGCGUCACUAGCGAGGGCACGGCCACGCCGGAGCUGCAGACGGAGGCGGGCGCCUAUCCGAAUCACCUGGACGACGAGACCAGCUCCGCGUACAGCUGCGACACCGAGGGGUACUACACCUCCUUCCAUAUGGACAGCGGCCUGCGCACGCUCAAGGAGGAGGAGCCACCGAUGACCCCGCUGCAGCAGAGUCUGCACACCAGCUCCUACUCCUUCGGCAGCCAGUCCAACCAGACGGUGCUCAAUGCGGAGAACGAGUACGAGCUGUACGGCCGGGGCUCCACCUCGACCACCACAAGCUCCGCGGGUACCGUCUGCACCACGCUCCUGAAUGGAGCCAUCUCCGGGCCGGAUGUGCCGGAGCGGACCAGCUCGCUGGGCAAGCACAGCUCCUCCCAGAGCCAGAGCCAGAGCCACAGUCAGAGCAACAGCAACAGCGCCAGCAGCAGCACCCUGGAGCGUAGCUACAGCAGCAGCACCAUCGGCAGCACCCUGGAGCGCACGGGCACCAUCAAGAGGAACGUGAAGAUGGCUCCCAAUGCGGAGGAUGCUGCCCAGCAGGAGGAACAGCAGCAGCAGCAGCUGCAGCGCUCGGCCAUGCCCCUACCGGGCGGUGCGACGGAGCUGGAGUUCUCGGAGAGCUCCGAUCUGGAGGGCGUGGAGCGGAUUGAGCGGAUCAAGCAGAAGACGGCCAUCACCUCGAAGCGGAUACCUUCCAUGUGCAUCAUUACACCCACGACGAGCGACGAUGACGAGCACCAGGCGUCGCAGGCGGAUCGCACGCUCACGAAUCUCUCAGUGGAUGUGGACCAAGACGAUGAUGCCUUAGAGCCGGAACAGAGGACGCCAACCAAUGCGAAUGCGAGUGGGGGAAGCAGCAAGGACCACAACCUCAACGAGCUUAAGCAGACGCCCACGAAAGCUUUGAGCGGAAUGUUCGAGAAGCUCAAGGUGAAGCUUGUGCCGGGCAAAAGCUCGCCGGUUAAGCCAAAGCUCAAGCCCGCCUCCGCCAGUGCCGUCAAUGACGAUGAGCUUUAUGACCUGGCGGGCGAGUACGUCACCAUCGCGGACAUCAGCAACAACAACAACAAUCAGAGGGCAAAGAUUGCCCCCUCGGGCGCUGGCUCCAGCCUCGGCAUCUACUAUUCCAAUGACAUAGUUCGUCGCGGAGCCUCGGCUUCGGGUUCUGCCGCUGCUACGUCAGAGUACGUGUCGCUGAACGAGCUGCCUCAGCAUUUGCGUCGGCAUGCAACCCACGGCUCUCCCUCUGGCUCUGCCCUGCCGCUGCCGCUGAGCGAGAGCGGGGCCUGCGCACAGCUGCUGCUGCCCGGUGAGACGGCGGCAGCUGGCAAGGCCACACCGCCACCCCAUGGGCAGCGGCAGAGGCAGCAGCAACCCACCCGGAGUGAGGGUUGCGGGGUGCCGAUGUAUGCGGAAAUCAGCGAACUGCGAGAGGAGAAAUCGCUCGUCGCCGCUCAGCAGCAGCAGCAACAGCAGCAGCAGCAGCGUCGGGUGCGCACGACGGCCGAGGGCAGAGUCAUUUACGAUUCCGAUAGCUUGAAGCGACGCAAGGGUGCACACACCACCUUUGCACCUGGGCCCUACGUGAAGGAAACCGAAAGUGCCCUGCUCAGUGCAACGCGAGACGCCACAACGGGCGAAAGUGCAACAUCAGCAGCAGCAGGAACAGCAGCAGCAGCCGGCGAAGCAGCAUCCACAAAGAGCGUCAAGCUAUUGCUAUUGAACGGCGGCGGUAGCGCUGGCAACCACCGCAAGGUGGCCAAUGUGCGUCCCAUAGUAGCCAAAUCGCCACUCAGCAAGAUCCCACAGAGCAGCAGCAUGGCUGCGUAUCAGUCAGUGACAGUCGGAGGCGGCGGCAGCAGCUACCAGGAGCAGAAGCAACUGCUGGCCAAUCACACGAAUCCCUUCUACGAGACAAUUGCAGCAGCUGCCACCGCCGGUACACCGGCAACGGGCGGCAGCAUGAUGCCCUCGCCUUCGGGCAAAUCCAAUUCAUCGACUGGCUCCACGGCCACCAAUUCGUCCUCCUCCACGGCGUCGGCCCACUCCGGCGAAGAAGGUAAGCUAGUGUUCCAGCCGCCGGCAGACAGUUGCCAUUACGCUUGCCCACCCACACCUACACCUACUACACCCACACUUACACCUAAGUCUAAUACCCGAACUGAAUCCAAACCCUGUUCCUCCUCUGCUAAUGUAAAUAACACGCCACUUUGCAACACUGCCACAACAACAACAGCAACAACAGCAGCAAUAGCAACGGCAACAAACAUUAACAAACACCACAAUUACGGAGUCAAAAGCAAGUCAAAAUCCGCAUCAAUGGGCACGAACAUAUCAAGUGUAGAGCAGAAUCAGCAGCAGCAGCAGCAGCAUCCACAGCAGAACCCCAAAGAUUGCGAGUCGAAAGUGAGGGUUGCUGAAAUGGAAACUAACCCCCGUGGGGCUACAAAUGGGGUUGAUGGGGAACAGCAGCAGCAGCAGCUGCCACCCCAACUGCCACCCCAACUGCCGCCGAGGGCGAAAGUAAAUGACAAUACGAAGGUAGCAACCGACCCAACUCCAACUCCAACUUCAGUCCCUGCCAUAUCGAUUGACCCAAUUGCAGUGCACUUCUCCCAACCAAAUCCAAAUCCGAAUGUGAAUCCGAAUGCAAAUCCCGGUAAGCCGCGCGCCGCUCUCAAGCGCAACAACAGCUACAGGCUGGCCAACGAUGAGCUAAAGCUGGAAAUGAAUAAGGAGAACAACCAGGAACUUCAGCUCUCGUUCGGUGCCGAGAGAGUAGGCCCGAACUCGGGUACAUUGCCCCCCAUGCAGCAUGCAACAAGUUCGCUUAGGCUGCGCAACCUCAGCAAUCUGCCAGCCACACCUGCCAGCGGGGAGCGCAAGAUAGCCAAAUCCUUUGAGCGUCUGGUCGAUGAGUUCUCCCUGUCCCUCACGCCCGGCAAUGAUUCCUCAUAUUUGAAGAACAAAUCGCUGGAGAAUUUCGAUGACUCACCCGCCCUUUUGGCUCUGGCCAAUGAGUCCCAAGAAAGCGAACAAAAGCCAGACACUGCCACAGCUCCCAACUCUGACUCCGACUCUGAGUCGGAGGACGAAGUGGAGGCACUGACUACGCCCAUGCCCGUACCCAAGUACCACAAGUCCUUUGUGGAUAGCGUGCUGCUGCGUCCUUUCAAAAUCAUUCUACCACACGACGACAACGGGGCGCGUCGUCAGCGAAUUUUGCAAAAGUUCGAGGUGACGGAAAUAUGGUAGAGGGACGGGACUCUGUAGGGCUGUAGUUUGACCUUUUGUCAAUGCCUAACCCUUUUCACUCAUGUGCCAGCCAGGCACAGGCCUUCUUCAAGUAAGCGUCUUGAGCAAACACUGAAAAAUAAUUGACAAUCUCGGCAAACACCACACAGCAGCAAGCUGCUUCACAUUGUGGCGUCACUCAUUAAAGUUGCCAGGCACUAGGCCCGUGUGCGUGUUCAAUUGCCUGUGGGAGUCUCGCUCGAGUCUCAAGUCCUGGAUCUUGGGGUUCAAUGUCCCUGCCGCUGCACUGCGCUCCUGCUACACUUGAUAUACUACUAUCCCAAGCGGGGCAGUCCUCAACCUGAUAUUAUGUUUUGUAAAUUAUUUCCACAAUUAUUGCGCACGUUUAACCAAUUUUAUGUGUGUGUUUUUUAACCCUAACUAUUAAGAUUAAUGUUAUUUGUGUUCGUUUAUCCCUAAACAAUAAUAUAAAUAUAUUUGUGUGUAACUAAUUGUAACUUAACAUAAACCAAACACAUGUUUAUUGUAAAUUUUGUAAAGUUUUUUGCACCGUUCACGUUUUACAACUAAGAUUUUGUAUGUUCUACCACGACUAUGAUGCUAAUUUUUGUACAACUACUUGUAUUAUUUAUGAUUUGUUGUUUGAUGUAUUAUGAAAAGCGUGCAAAAGACUUCUAAAGCAUCAUUUAUUCCAGCAUGACUGUGUGUUUGUCUAUGUUACUGUAGUAGAAGUAGUUUUUUUGCACGCUUUUCCCCAAAAACUAACGAUCCAAUAAUGCUCUCGCUCCCCUAAGGAGGCUGUAGUAGUUUGAAAAAUUAGCACAUGGCCUUAACCUUAAGUUCUUGCCUAAGUCCAAACCACAUUCCACAAAAAAAGAACACAUCUAACUCCACCCACCGAUCGUAAGUAAUGUUUUUGCAACAAAAUAAAUCGAAAAGAAAAGAAAA